UCUGCCUGAAAAAUACUGGAUGGAUCAGGUAGAGUGUUCAUCUGAAUCAGAGAGACUUGAGGAUUGCUCCUAUGUUUCGCCAACGUAUGGAAAUUGCAAAGAUAACUUUGUUGUUGUUGAAUGUGCUGGAAGUGUUAAUCUGACUUUGAAUAUGAAUGGGCAGAUGGAUAAAUGUGCUGGUGUGGUUCAGUUCUCAACAACACAGAUCGGUGUUGUUGGCAUCUGUAACUCCGGGUGGGAUGAGGAGAAAGCAAACAGCGCAUGUAAGGAACUUGGUUGUGGGGAAAGUCAUUACAUUUCAAAAUCGGACAUUUUUCAAGGUCAACCGAGCAGUCACAGUGGACACUUACAGUGUGUUAUGGGAAAAGACAACACAAAGUUCUUAUGGCAGUGUAUGAAAUGGCCAUACAAUGACACUUGCUCGGAAUACACAAGUGUGAUCUGCACCAAACACAGGAGAUUUCGACUGCAGAAUGGCAGCAAUCUUUGCUCCGGGUCACUGCAAGAGUACAAUGUCGCUACAAGAUCCUGGGUUUCUCUUCAGCAAAUAGACGUUGCUCCAGAAAGCAUAUGUGCACAGAUGAAUUGUGGUGCCAUUGGAAAGAUAACACAUGAAAACACAAAUCCCAGCAUACACCUGACGUGCCAAGACGUCGUCAAGCUGCGCAACUUUACAUCUCCAUGUUUUGGACCUGUGGUUGUUGUUGUUAAUGGCUCUGAUCGUGGAGUGUGUUACAGUGACAACCUGUCCCAUAACCUGGGGAAAGUGGUCUGUCGAGAGCUUAAAUGUGGUGAGGUGUUUGGUGUGAAACAGGACAGGUGGACAGAAAACGGCUGGCUGAGUAACGUCGAGUGUCAAGGCGAUGAAGAAUCGCUGUUUCAUUGCCUGGCCAAACACCAGAUCACCAAAUGUCAAAGUGCCACAGUCAUAUGUUCAGAUAGUCUGGAGGUGCGUCUGAAAGAUGGUUUCGGUCGCUGUUCUGGACGUGUAGAGGUAAAGCUGGAGGGAUCUUGGAAAUCUUUAAGCACCAAAGACUGGACCAAUAUGAACUCUGAUAUGGUGUGUAAACAUCUUGAUUGCGGGGAAGCGAGUGAUUUAACUCAAAAGCUGUUUAUAGAGGGGAAACAGGUAAGGACGGAUUGGAUGGUCCGAUGCAAAAGCUCUUCAGCAAAGCUUCAUGAAUGUCUUCAGAAAUCAAACAAAAAUCAAAACAUAUUUGCCAAGGAGAUCACAAAGGAAAUCAUUUGCCAAAAGGAAGAACUCGUGUUCAUUGAAGGUGACCGGCCCUGCCAGGGAAGAGUUCGCAAGUUGUCAUUUGAGAGAACGAACAUCUCACGUGAAAAACAAGUUGAACUAAACAAUGAAACGGCUCCUCGUUUCUGCGAAGAAAUGGGCUGUGGAUCCAAAGGGUUCUUCGAAAACACCACCAACCAGCCCAUUGUCAAGUGCGCAGGGUCAGUGAGUGUGAAGCUUUCAAACCCCAACAAGGAGAGAUGCUGGGGGACAGUGGAAGUAUGUAGAGAUAACAGGUGUGGAGGGGUCUGCCGAAACACCUGGAGAACAACUGAAUCUGAGAAAAUCUGUGGAAACCUGGGCUGUGGAGAUCCAGUUAAGACACUUUACCCCAUCGAGAUGAAAAGCUUACCAGUGACGGUCCAUAGUGUGUACUGUUUAGGGGAGAUGAAAAAUCUGAGCAUGUGCAAAUUUGUUCCCAACAAAGACUCCUCCUGCAUGGAUCAAUCAUCACUGAUUUGCAAAGACAGUAUUAAAGUUGAACUGGUGGAUCCGAGAGACAAAUGUGCCGGAAAUGUGAAGUUGUUUUACGGUGGGAUAAUGAUGCCUGUCUGCAAGGACAGUCUUGAUGAAGGUCUUCAGAAUGCGAUCUGCAGGGAACUGAACUGCGGUCAGGCUGAAUCUGUUGGAGGGGCUCGGUAUGGACUCUCCCAAACUGAAGGGCUGUCAGGAAUCAAGUGUGAAAGUAACCCAGACUCGGUUGCCAAAUGUAACCUCAAUGACUUGGAAAAAAAAGAUUGCGUCGCUGGCUAUCUCAAAUGUUCAGGAUGGACCAGACUGUUUCUCUAUAAGAAAGGAGACGCAUGCAGUGGUCCUGUGCACGCUCUGAGCUCCAGAGGAGAAAAAACUAUAAGUGUAAAGCUUGUCAGUAGCCAAGGGUGGACCAAAAAGGAAGGACAGGUGUUGUGCGAGUAUCUACAGUGCGGAAACUACAAAUCUCAUACAAUGAAAGAUUCAAUCGAAGAUUCAGAAUGGUGGAACAAGACCUAUAAUUGCUCAGGGACGACAAAUAUAUGGAAAUGCGAAAGAGAUGAUCAGAAGAUUAUAGAGCGAAAGCAGUUAAACAUCAAAUGUGAUGGUAAACAUCCAAACGUUACGCUCUCGGGUUUAUCCACUGGGGACAUGCUCAUAAAUGAGGAGCAUGUGUGUGCAGUGUAUGUUUCGUUAGAGAAGGAAGUCCUUUUUAGUCAGUUAUGUAACAACCUCGGUUUUGGUAAUGUCAUCCAUGACUGGACUAGGCCGAUUGCUCGUAAUGGCUGGUAUUUUAGUUGUAUUGGACACGAGACAUUUCUGUGGCAGUGCUACUCUUGGAAAGGCACGUGUAAUCAUACCACCUCUAUGGCCUGUCAAAAGAGUGUUAAGUUCAACACCACAGAAAAAUGCGGAGGAUUUCUUGGGGUCCAAUUUCGGAAUAAAUGGGAAUCUGUCUGUGGAAACAUUAGUGAGUCUGAUAAUGAGGAGGUUUGUAAAGCACUCGACUGCAAGAAAGGUCCGGCACUGGAUGAAAAACAAUUCGCAGAGAUGAUGGCUAAUGAUAUACAGGUGACGGUCACCUGCCCUGAAAAGUACCAAAACAUUAACCAGUGUGUGCAGCUUUUACAAAAAGAAAAGAAUCAAAAAUGCCAAAAUGGACGCGCUAAAAUCACUUGUGAAGGUCAAGUGAAAAAAACUCAAGUAAACGUUGGUCUUAUAGUCGGUGUUUUGCUGGGCAUUCUGGGAUUGCUGGGUGUGAUUUCACAGAGAAAUCGACUACUUUCAGCUUUAAGACGCUACAGAAAAAAAGAUGCCAAAGACAAAACCUUAAAUGCAAAUGAGAUGAAUGAUAUGGAGACAGAGGACAGAGAUUCUGAGGAAAACGUGUCAUUGUUUGAAAAGGAUGAUUAUGAGGAAGUGGAUGCCAUAACCAAAAGAAAAGGAGAAGAUGAUGCAGAUGAUAAAAGUGCAGGUUCUGCUGGUACAGAAUAUGAUGACAUUGAGGAACAAGCCCAUGACGUCUCCCAUUCUCAAACGCACGAUGAGGACGACCCUGACCCUCCACUGCUUCCCAAGAGACCUGAGACCUUGCUUGGUACAGCAUUAAAAUUCAAACCUCCUCAUUGUGUGUGUGUGUGUGUGUUUUGUUUUUGUGCACAUGAGAGAAUAUCUGUGACUUUUGCAGAUGAGGUCACCUAUGAAGUGGAGAUAGAAGGAGAGCAGGACUAUGAUGAUGCCAUUCCCAUAGAGGCUCUGGCCAAUGAGAACGCAGGGACACCUACGGCAGACCCGCCAGCCCAAGCUGAUGUAAUCAUGGAUGCUGAAACAAAUGCAAAUAUUGAGGUAGUGGAGGUAGAUGUUCACGCCUAACCAGAAAGAUGAGUAACCAUGGAACUUCCACAUUAAGUUCAUAAAGUAAAAUUGUGUCGUCAUUUACUCACCCUUUUGUCCUUUCAAACCUGUAUGACUUUCUUUGAAGAUAUUUUGAAGAAUGUUGGUAACUUGAACGGCGUCUAUACCCAUUGACUUCUAUUGUAUGGACACAAAACCGAUGCAAGUCAAUGGACAGGUUACCAACUUUCUUCAAAGUAUCUUCUUUUUCUGUUCUGCUGUAAAAAGAAAUUAAAACAGGUUCGAAUGACAUUAGAAUGAAUAAAUUACCCUUUCAAUGUAGGGUGUUAGAGAAAAUAUUAAAAGGAGACAUGUUGUAUUUUUUAUUUGUAUAUUUGAGAAAAUCUUUAAGAUACUAAGUGGAACAGACUAAUGCUUCAUUAUAGGUUUUGUAAAUUAUUUUUUGAUUCAUUUCUUACCAGAUGUCUUAAAUUUAUUGAACUUGAUACAUUCCCUGCCCCCAUGUGCUUCUUUAUUGAAUAUUAUGGCUCCAUUUAAUAUUUUUUUUACUAUUUUGAUAAUAGGGCAUAAUAUACUGUAUUAAUAUGAAGGAAUUUUAUGAUUUUAUGUCUGUGUUUUGUUUUAGCGUUUAUGCAAAUGCCUUUCUUUCUUCAUAUUUGUGUUGUGGCUUUGUUUAAAUCUUUGGUGAAAUCACGUGUGGUUAUGGAAUACACGUAUUAUAAUCACAUUAAUGAUAUCCUCUUCUUUAAUUGGAGAUGGUGUGUUAAGGAAGCACUGGUCAUUGUGGA